GAAGAGAGAAAGAAGCGAGAGACGAGCAGUCACCUGAUCGCUUUCCUUCUCGGGCUCGGUCACUCGCCUGCGUCCGGCGCUCUAGAGAUUCUGACAUUGUCAGCAACCACCGUCUCCCGAAUACCCGCGUCCCUGUUAGUCUGCGGGAAGUGACGCCCCCGGCCCCUGACCCCGGGCCGUGUAGCAGUCGGGGGUUUGAUGAAGACCAGAGAAGUAUGCUUUCCAUUGAACUUCAAACCAUCAUUUGCCACAGAGAAUGUCCCUAACUGAGAAUAGAAUGUUUUAUGCAUAUGAAUCUUCAGUACACGGCACCAAUAUUCUUUUGAGCCUCAAUGAUCAAAGAAAAAGAGAUCUUCUUUGUGAUGUCACCGUCCUAGUGGAAGAUCAACAAUUUCAUGCUCAUCGUUGUGUGCUUGCAGCAUGCAGCAGUUACUUUUAUUCAAGAAUUGUUGGCCAAUCAGACACGGAUCUUAUCAUUACUCUCCCAGAAGAGGUGACAGUUAAAGGAUUUAGUCCUUUGAUUCAGUUUGCUUAUACAGCUAAGCUUAUUUUAAAUAAAGACAAUAUAGAUGAAGUAUACAAAUGUGUUGAAUUUUUAGGCAUACACAACAUUGAAGAAUCCUGUUUUCAGUUCCUCAGACUUAAGUUUUUGAAUUCCACAGCAGACCAGCAAGAAUACCCAACAAAAAAGUGCUUUACGUCACAUUGUCAGAAAGCCAACAUUAAAAUUGCACCAUUGGAUCAUGGGGAUCUAGAAAUAAAUGAAGUAGAAGAGCUUCUAGAAAAUGAACCAGUUCAGACUCCUAAUUUUAAACUCCAAAAAUGUAAAGAAAAUGUAAAGACACCACCUCCUCUCCAAGAUAGUGCCAAUCAAACAUAUGAAUCGUGCUUAGAAAAGGAAGGUGUUCUUGGUUUGCCAUCUUUAGGCCCAAAGUACAGGAAAUUCCAAAAAGCUUUUGGAACAGAUAGAGUUUGUAUUGUGGAAUCCAGUGUUAAAGAUACUCAGACAUCGCCUUUUGUUUCUGUUCAGCCAAAUGAAUUAUCUGAAAAUGAAGAUGUAGAAACCCAGGAUUGUACAGAUCUACAGAUGAUUUUAAAACAUGAAGACAGUCAAAUAGAAAUGGAUGAUGAGGAAGAAGCAAAGGGAAAAAAAAAUUCAUGUCAGGGUUCUGUGGCAAAAUCAGAGGUGACACAAUUUCCUCCAGAUCCUCCUGUGGCACCCCAUGGAUUUUAUUCUUUUUCUGUUUUACACACAUAUGAACAGUAUGGUGAUUUGAAUCUUACAGGUAUGCAAAAUGUAACCAUGUUAGCUGAAGACCCUUUACCUGGUACAGAUACAAGACCAGAUAAAAUAAUCACUGAAAAUCAAGUUCUGCCUUUGAAAUCUGCUUCAGGACAAAGAGAUGAGAGGCCUGCAUCAACAAGUGAUCGAAGCAGUGUGGAAAGGGAAGUGGCAGAGCACCUAGCAAAAGGUUUCUGGAGUGACCUUUGCAAUACAGACACUAAUUGUCAAAUUCAGCUUUCACCUGCCCUAGCAAAAGAUUGUUCAGAACAUGUAUUUUCACAGAAAAGGUCGGAGUGUCCUUGGUUAGGUAUCAGAAUCAGUGAGAGCCCGGAACAGUGUCAAAGAACUUUUACUACGUUGAAUUCUGUCAGCUGCCCAUUUAUAAAUACUCUAAAUACUGAAGAAUGUGCAAAUAAUUUGGAAAUAGGAAGUGAAGAUUUUGUUCCAGAAUCACAGCAAGAGCCUUGCCCAUAUGCAUGUGUGAUUAGCUUGGGAGAUGAUUCUGAAACAGAUACAGAAGGGGACAGUGAAUCUUACUCAGCCAGAGAACAAGAGUGUGAGGUUAAACUGCCAUUCAAUGCACAAAGAAUCAUUUCACUUUCUCGAAAUGAUUUUCAAUCCAUGCUGAAAAUGCAUAAGCUGACUCCAGAACAGCUGGAUUGUAUACAUGAUAUUCGAAGACGAAGUAAAAAUAGAAUUGCUGCACAGCGUUGUCGAAAAAGAAAACUUGACUGCAUACAGAAUCUUGAGUUAGAAAUUGAGAAGUUGCAAAAAGAGAAGGAAAGUCUACUAAAGGAAAGAGAUCAUAUUUUAUCAACAUUGGGUGAAACAAAGCAGAACCUAACUGGACUUUGCCAGCAGGUAUGCAAAGAAGCAGCUUUAAGUCAUGAACAAAUCCAGAUACUUGCAAAGUAUUCUGCCUCAGAUUGCCCACUUACUUUGUUAAUCUCUGAAAGAGAAAAACUUACUCCUGACUCUGAACUUUUGCCACCAUCAUGUAUGGAUUUACCUCAUGGGCUUCCAAAUGUUCCACUGGCCAGAGAACAAAGUUGCCCUUAUCCAUGUGUAAGAGAAACAAAUGACUCAGUACAGGAACAGCAGCAGCAAGAUUCCUAUCAGAACUCCCCACGAACUUCAUCAUUGCUUGUAGGACAAUGUUGUCAGAGUGGUAGCAUCACAGAUUUCUGUCAGAUGACUGGUAAAAGCUCUGCUGAUGAUUAAAACUAUAUUUUAUUUCCUUCCUACAGUUUACUUUUAUAAUCAAAUAUUUUUGUAUUAACAUGAAACUCUAAUUAAUAGGUUCCAUCCAUUAGUUUCUGCUAAGUUUGCUGUUAAGCAUGUUUCUGUUAAGUUGAUAUUAUCAUCCCUGUGACCUCCAUCAGAAAACCAGAGAUAACUUUUAUUAGAAAGCAUCUCGAAUUGGAUGUAAUAAUUACAUUUGAGAAUAUGGCACAUCUUUUAAAAAUCACAUAAGAAGAUAGUGGUUUUAACUUGUUAACGUUAAUACUGUCCUGUAUUUGAAGUAAAACUUGGAGUGAAUGUCUGGAACAUUUUGAGAAAGUCUGGCACCCUUUCUUUUUUGGCUGCUAGUGAUCCUUAAAGUUUUAAAAACAUAAAAAAAAGUCAGAUUUCAAGUCAUCAGCAAACAUUUAUUAAAUGCCUACUGUGUUCCAGGCACUGUGCUAAGUCCUAGAGAUGCAAGGAAGGGGAAAAGACAGUUUACAGUCUACUGGGAAGACAUCAUGCAAACAACUAUGUACAAAUAAGAUAUGUACAGGAUAAAUUUUGGAUAAUCUUGGAGGGAACACACUAGCGUUGAAGGUUAGUGGGAAAGGCUUCUUGCAGAAAGUAGCAUUUUAGCUGAGACCAAUCUAAGGAAGCCAGGAGGAAGAGAUGAAACAGAAAGUAAUUCCAAGCAUGAGAUAGCCAGUAAAAAUCCAGAGAUCAGAGAUCUCUGGGAGAUCAGAGUAUGAGGAACAAAAGAAAAAGGAGGCCGGUGUCUAAUGUAACAAAAUCAUUAUCCUUCCUAAUAAGGCAAGAUCUUAUUAAAACUAUAAUUCUAUAAUAUUUAAGUCACACCUUUUUUAUCAUGCUAUUUUUUAACCUGAUGUUGGUUAAAAAUAGCCAAACCACAAAGGAGAGUAAGAUGCAACACUUCGAAAUUUGUAAGUCCUACAUAUUUUUUAAUUUAAGAUUUAAAAGAAACUCUCUUUCUGCUAUCAAUAAAUAGACAAAUGCCUAUUUUAGAUAAAACUUGGCAGAUAGGGGUAUAGGCCUCCCAAAUUCAGAAAGUUGGGAAAUAAUUUUCUAUGAAUUAAGUAUGAAAUUCUGUUAAGCAGAUUUCUGCUAAUAUAGAAGAGCUGAAUAAUCAGGUAAAUGUUUAAUUUAUUAAAAACCAACUUAUGCGUCUUUUGGGGCAUAUUACAUGACACCACUACUGAAUUACAUUUUAAAGUUUGAGGUUUAAAGUUUUCUCCUGAAUUAAAUUUUUAAAAUUUUUUCAUUUUCACUGUUAAAGAGAACUAAAAGGGGAAGGGAAUUUGCAAGAAUUAACUAGACUUGGGUUAGUCAACAAGCAUUUAUUAAGCAACAUGCUUUUCUGGCAUGUUGGGACAUACUUGUUGAAAAGCACUAAUUAAUAAAGCACUAAAAAUUUGGGUAGUAUGGAAGCUUAAUUAAAUUUUUGUAGAAUAUUAAAUUUUCUGAAUAGGGUUAUAUCCACUUGUAUAGUACAAAGGCACAAGCAGACACCUUAACCUGGGUGUUUUUGUAAAGUUCUAUAUUUUAAUUUGGUGUGUAAAAUGGUUUUUAAUUCUUUGGUAAAAGCUAAGUUACUAAGGACAUUGCAUUGAAAAGCUACCCAAAAUGAGCUGGGCCUUGGAGUGGCUGGUUCCAUGAUUGGAUUUAUCUUAAGUCCUUAGAAUGACUUAUGAAAAAUAUUUAGUGGUUCUGAGAAAUAAACUCGUAGUGUAUUGAAUGAUCCUAAAAAUACACUUGCUGUAUCUUAUAUUGGGACCAAUAUUUAGAAAUUUUUUAAAUUGUAAUUUUUUCCCCCUUUUUGAUGUGGGAAAAUUCUCUAGUAUUUUAAUUGCUUAUAAAUGAUAGAUGUAACAUGGAAAUGAAUUAGGUUUUGGUUUAUUUUCUAUAGGCUUGAAAAAAUAUUUGAAGUGGUCUGGAAAAAUACCAUUUUUAUUAUUACUGUAAAUUACAUGUAAUUGAUUAAAGCAGAAUUGUAUAUAAAUGAUCUCAUAUAGCCAUUUCUUUUUAUUUCAUUUUUGAUUUGUCAGCUUCACACGGUUGAGUAUAAACUUUUUCUGAUUUGCAAAAUGUCUACUCUUGUAUAAGCCAAUGGCUAGAAUCUUUGAUUCCCUACCUCAUUAUACACAUAAAUGUUUUUCAUAUCAGCAUGUGUAUAUGCAAAAAUAUCAGAUAAUCUGCUCUUAUUACUACUGUAAGUAUUUGCAGGUUUAUUCAGUAUUUUAUGACGAUGCCUCAUUGUCUUCAGAGUUUAAAAAUAAUUUUCACAGCACUGGGUUUUAAAUCUACAUAUUCAAAUAUGUAACUAAACUAGCCUGAGGAAUCCUUUUCUGAGGUUUGGCCAAUAAUUAAAAUGUUUAUUUCUUGAUACUGAAUAUUAUUCCUUAUAACCAGCAUGUAAUACAAAUAACUACACUACCUCAUAUGCAGGUGAUUGUCAAGUUAUAAAACAGAUGUGCAGAGAAUAUUUUAAAGAAUUUUUAAACAUUUUUGCUUUUCCCCUUCAUAAGGUGGGGAAGUUUUAUGCUCCAUAUUGCAUAGAUUAUGCUCGCAACAGAAUGACAGUAUAAUACAAUGGAUACCUUGACCACCAUUUGCAGUCCUUCACAGUUUGCUAAGGAUAUAUUCAUUGUACAUGAUAUGCAAAAUCAUUUGACUCCUGUCCUUUGCUUAGUGUUUCAAUGUCUUAUGUAAUUUUCUGAAAACAAUUACAUUUAACACAGUCUUAAUUAUAUUACAUUAUUUUUCAGACUUUUAAAAAAUAAUUUUAAUACUAAUGGCAAAUUAUAUGCUACUCAGAACUAAUGUGAAUAUAAUUUCCGUGCUGAAUAUUUUUAUUUUUAAAAACAUUUGUUGAAGAUUAAAGUUUAAUCAUCCACAUUUUAGUAAUUAGAAAUAUAUUUAAUGCAGUAAAAAUAAAGAUUGCAUGUAGAUUCUGAGUUAUGUUAUCAAUUUGAAAGAAAACAUGGCAAUAUUAUAAAUUCUCAGGUGAACUUUUUUUAGUCAUGAAACAUGUAUUUUGAACUUGUGUUUUAAGUGUCAAUGCAUGUAAUAAACCAUAUUUUGAAACUUUUUGGGCAAAAUGUAAACUUAGCCAUAAAAAUAAAAAAUGGAAUAUGGAUCGUAAAAUCUGAAAUAAUAACAUCUUUGUAUCUUUCAUCAUCUUUCUAAUGUAACAAAAUCAUUGUCCUUCCUAAUAAGAGAAGAUCUUAUUAAAACUACAAUUCUGUAAUGUUUAAGUCAUGCCUUUUUAUCAUGCAUUUUUUAAUCUGAUGUUGGUUAAAAAUAGCCAAACCACAAAGCAUUAAUUUCUUUGAUCCUUGGUAAUAAAUUUGCUGUUGAAUAAAUACCCUAGAGUUUAUUUAA